AUGAGCGGCGGCGCGUCUGCCCCCGCCACUCCGGCGGCAUCCACGCCGACGGCGACGAGGCCUCGCCUGUCGAGGUUCCGCCGGGCCGGCAGCGCCGUCGCGGCCGCCGCCCCGGGAGGCUUCCUCCACCUCUCCCUCCUCGCGUCCCUCCGCCGCCGGCCCUCGCUCCAGGCGCACGCGCAACUCCUCCUCCUCGGGCUCCCGCUCCCGGCGCACGCCGCCUCGCGCCUCCUACGCCCGCACCUCCGCUCGGGGCACCACCUCGCCUCGCUCCGCCUCUUCCUCCGAAUCCUGCGCGACCGUCCCAAACUCCGUCGCUCCCUGGAGACGCAGGCGGAGGCCGUCCCAAACUCCCACUCCCUCUCGGCCGCCCUCGCGGCCUGCGCCCACCACGCGUUCCCCUCCCCCGGGCUCUCCGCCCACGCCUUCCUCGUCAAGUCCGGCUACGCCUCCGACCUCUUCGUCGCCAACUCCCUGCUCCACUUCUAUGCGUCCUUCGGUUUACCCUCUCUGGCACGCAGGCUGUUCGAUGAAAUGCCAGCGAGGGACACCGUAUCAUUCAACACUCUGAUCGGUUCAUAUGCGAACUCGUGCUGUGUUGGCGAUGCUUUCGGAGUAUUCAAGGUUAUGGUGGAGGGAAGAUUGCGGCCGGAUGGGUGGACCAUCACGGCGUUGUCAGGCGCAUGUGUGGGGCUGAAGGAUUUGAGGGUGGCAAAAGCGUUGCACGCGGUUGCCAUGAGAGCGCUUCGGGCUGCAGCGUUUCAGUCACAACAGGUGGCGAUCGUGCUGGUGGACAUGUAUGUGAAGUGCAGGGGGCUGGUGCUUGCCAGGAAGGUGUUUGAUUUGGCAGGGGAGAAGGCAAGGGACGUGAGGUUAUGGACCAUGAUGGUGUCAGGGUAUGCCAGGUCUAGGGAGCUCGAGAUGGCUAGAGCGUUAUUUAAUGAGAUGCCAGAGAAGGAUUUGGUCGCAUGGACGGCUCUUAUUGGUGGGUUUGUGCAGUUUGGCAGAUCUAAGGAGGCAUUGAUGUUAUUUGAGGAGAUGGAGGAGGCAGGAAUGGAGGCAGAUGGAGUCACAGUAGUUAAAGUUCUUUCAGCUUGUAUUCAGUACCGUACGUUCGAUGUUGCAAAGAGGCUUCAUCAUCGUGUGAUGCAUAAUGAGCUGAUCAGCACAGAUGCAAGACUUGCUACUGCCUUAGUUGACAUGUAUGCCAAGCAUGGGUUCAUACAGACAGCCAUGGAUGUGUUUUGUGGUGUGGAUGACAUAUUUAAGACCGUGGAGUUGUUCAAUGCUAUGAUAGGCGGACUAGCUCAUCACAAUUCUGGUGAGAAAGCUAUUAUGCUUUUUGAUGAAAUGAGAUCGCUCGGGCUCCAUCCUGAUAAGAUCACUUUCACGGCAGUGUUGUGUGCAUGCAGCCGCGGUGCCUUAGUGACACAAGGGUUUGAGAUAUUUAAUUCCAUGGUGGGCAAGUAUGGUGUAGAACAAGAUACUAAGCAUUAUGCUUGCAUGGCUGAUCUCCUUGCAAGAGAUGGACGGCUUGACGAUGCUUACCGUUUUAUCCAGAACAUGCCUUUCAAAGCAAAUAGUGUGGUCUGGGCUUCUCUUAGGAGAGAAUGUGAGAUCCAUGGAAACAUGAGGAUUGGAAAACUUGCAGAGGAGGAACUACUUCGGUUUGAUCCUAGCUACAAGCCUGAAAGCGAAAGCCUCGUCUUGUCUGACAUAUUUUCAGAUGGAAGGAAACAGAAAAGGUCUGCAAUGGUGAGAAAGGUUAUACGCCUCAAACCUAAGCACAAGCGUACAAAGUAG